GGCACUUUCUCUUAUAGAAGAAUAUAAAGGCAGGUAGGCUGAGACUCAGAUAAAGGCAUUGUUGAUCUUCAAAAACAAAGUAACAAACAACAUAUGGAGAGAAGAAAGUGGUCCUUGAUAGUCAUAUGUUAUCUGAUGAUGAGGCUCAGGCUCAGGCUCAGGUUUGUCUUCUUGUUUUUAUAUACUAUAACUAUUACUACUAUUACUAGUGAAAAUGGUGUUUGCAAUGCCAUAGAGUCACCACAAUACAAGGUGGUACACUCGGAAUCGGAUGUAGAGAUCAGACUCUAUCCCCAAUCUUUCUGGCUAUCUGCUCUCGUCCCAGCAGCCACUUCCUUCCAGAAUUCCACCCAAGAUGGCUUUCACAGGGUAUAUCAAUACAUUCAUGGUGCCAAUCUCAACUCUUCAGAACUUGCCAUCACCUCUCCUGUCUUAACAAGCAUCAACCAAUCAGCAGCACACGAAUCCGACUAUUCUGUUAGGUUUUACCUGUCUGCGAAAUAUAAGGGGGCUCCUCCACUGCCCAAUCCUGAGCUGGAUUUGCUUAUUGACAAAUGGAGAAGUCAUUGUGUAGCAGUUAGGAAGUUCUCUGGUUUUGCCAAGGAUGAUAACAUCAACAAAGAAAUGAAAGCUCUCGUGGUUAGCUUAGGUAAAAUCUUGACUGAGAGGGCUGCAAGUAUCGAAGACAAGAAUUCCUACACCAUUGCCCAGUACAAUGCUUCGUUUCAUCUUUCCGGGCGUUUAAAUGAAGUGUGGAUAAAUGUCUCAGGUUUCACAGCAGAUGGAUGUCCAUCCUAUUGAAGUAAUAAGGAUAUUGAAGAUGUGGUUGUGCAAAUGAGAAAGUAUAUAUCUUAAUAAAUCUAUGUUCCUCUCAUUAAUUUUUUCCAUUUGCAAAAAUAUGGGAAUGUUCUUGGUGUUACUAUCAUAACCUGAACUUCACCAUCUUUAAUACCUUUUUUUCCUUAUUCCCUACUCUAGCUAUCUGUCUAGCUUUUGUUUCCCUCAUUUAGACAACAAAGAAACAACAUCAUAUUUGGACGACAUAGAUCUUCCCAUCCUUGACCACGUACACCUUAGAUGUCUUGAGGAGUUCCAUACAUCUUUUCAAUUGCAUUUCCUGCACGAGCGAUGCUGGAGAGGAUCAAUUUCUGGAAGUUCCUGUCAAUGAUAAAUGGAUGCACUAAGUAAUCAAGCACAAGCUCUCUCUUCUUUAUCCAUCAGCACCCUGCAGAAGAAGGAUUCAUUUAUAUCAGAAAAUUAUUAUCCAUAUUUUCAUGAUAUAUAUAUAUAUAUAUAUAUAUAUAUAUAUAUAUAUAUAUACAUAACAGUAGAUGCUUGAGAGGCUUCUGCGUAAAGCUUUUCUUUUCGCUUUGUUUGGGAGGAAUGGUGGAAGUGUGAUUACAUUCAGUAUGUGUAAAAAGACCUGUAAUUUGUAUUUUUUUUUAUACCUUGGGGAUUGCUGAUUAAAUUUUAAGUAAUUUUACAAUUCUGUUUG